UGUUUUUUGACUUCAACCGAGAAUACAAAAAGACGAGAUCCUGCUUUUAAUUUCCCCAUCCGACUAGCAUCGACACACAAACACUUUACUGAAAAUUGCCGCAGCUAAAGCGCAUACCUAUUUAGAUUGGACAUAUGGAGGUGCCUCAGUCAAAAAUUGAGUUGAGGAUAUCUUGCCGGCAUCUCUUGAACAAAGAUGUCUUGAGCAAAAGCGAUCCACAGGUCAUCUUGUAUACGGCGAGCGCGUUGCGGGGAGGAGGCUGGAUAGAAUAUGGACGAACUGAAACGAUAAAGGACAACUUAAACCCGGACUUUGCAAAGGGCAUCGUUAUUGACUACUACUUUGAAGAGGAACAACGACUCAAAUUUGUGGUCAUGGAUAUUGAUAAGCCGAACGGAUCUAUCCACGACCAAGAUCUACUCGGCACCUUCGAAACUACUUUAGCCACCAUAGUAACUGCCAGUGGACAAGCAUUGCAAAGACCGCUCGCUCAUCCCAAUCGAGCAAAAGCUGGCUACAUCAAAAUCGUAGCGGAGGAGCAGACUAAUUUAAAGCAUGUCGUCAAGAUGACGUAUCAUGGACGAGAUCUGGACAAAAAGGACUUCUUUGGUAAAUCAGAUCCAUUUUAUCAGAUCAGCCGGACACAGGAAGACGGUUCGACAACCGUUGUCUAUAGGAGCAAACACGUUGCGAAAACCUUAAAUCCAACAUGGGACCCCGCAGUUAUACCGGUCGCCGCCCUAUGCAACGGAGACCUUGACCGACAGCUUCUUUUUGAAGUCUAUGACUGGAAUCGCAGUGGAGGUUCGUCAGCGGAUGCCAGUGACCUGAUUGGACACUUUAAAGCAUCGGCCAACGAGUUACUGAAAGCACAGGGCAAGGAGUUUGAACUGAUCAACCCGAAAAAAAAGGAGAAGAAGAAAAAUUACCAAAAUUCUGGCUAUUUCCAAGUCGUACAGUUUUAUCUGGAGGAUGUUCCUACCUUCCUUGAUUAUUUGGCGGGCGGUACAACACUAGGUCUUGAUGUCGCAAUUGACUUCACUGCUAGUAACGGAGACCCACGGAACCCAAACUCUCUACAUUUUCGGGAUCCAUCGCGAUACAAUUUUUACCAAGAAGCUAUUUUUUCAGUUGGCAAUAUAUUACAGGCAUAUGACACGGAUAAACAGUUUCCAGCGUAUGGUUUUGGUGCGAAGUUCGGGGACGGCACAGUGUCUCACUGCUUUGCUUUGAACGGAAAUCCCAAAAACCCUGAGGUUUAUGGUGUUCAAGGGAUACUGGAUGCAUAUAUACUUGCCCUCUCCAACAUUUCACUGUACGGCCCUACGAAUUUUUCACCUAUAAUAAACCAAGUCGCAGCUCAAAUCAGGGAGAGAGAAAGCCGGCAUGGACCGGGAAGCAACUACUCAGUUCUUCUAAUGAUUACAGAUGGUGAAAUAACAGAUAUGGAAUCCACAAUUCGCGCGAUAGUGCACGCGUCAAACCUUCCUCUCUCGAUUGUCAUUGUUGGGGUGGGUAAUGCGGACUUCACCAAGAUGCAUGUUCUGGAUGCGGAUGAUCAGCCUCUGAUCGCGGACGGGCGUCGAUGUGAACGCGACAUUGUACAAUUUGUGCCAUACAGGGAAAUGGCUGGAAAUCCGCACAAAUUAGCCAAGGAGGUGCUCGCAGAAAUUCCUGACCAGUUUGUCAGUUACAUGCGCUCUCGGGGCAUUAGACCUCGCCCUGCACGUGCACACUCGUUUGCAUCUAUCACAUCGCAGGAUAGCGUCCCCAACAUGUCUGAUGCAGGGCCAUCCGAUUACGGACUCGCGGGCCCAUCUAGACAUGCUACCAUGCCGGGGUUAAGAAAUUACGAUGCAGGUCAAAGUAGCGAUGCAUUACAGCGCAUGGCAACUACACCGGCGAAUUAUGCACCGCCAGCAUAUACGACGCCACCGGCUGGAAACCCACAGAACUAUGAUCGCAAGUCGGGACAAGGCCCCUCUUAUUAGAUCCUCUACGCAGUUGUACCCAGUAUUCCCUAAUUGGCGGAGGUUAAGAUCUCCAUCCACACAUGCACAACGCACGCAUAAUGCAAGCUGGAAUUUUUGGCAUUAAUUAGCAGCUAUAGAGAUUUUGCACUAGUAUUACGAUAUUGGAAAACCCCCCACGUGUUGCCUACAGUAUCAACCGUUCAACCAUCGUUAGAACUGAGACCUCUCCGUUAAUCACUAUAUCUAUUGAAUAAACAGCCCAGGUAUUACUCACAGC